CAGGACCCGGCGCUGCCCCAGUUCGUCUGCAAGAAAUGCCAUGCCCAGUUCUACAAGUGCCGCAGCGUCCUCAGGACCUUCAUCCAGAGGGUGAACGCGUCCCCCACGGGCCACGUCAAGCCGAAAGGAAAGAGCAGCACAGGCCAGGCCCAGCUGGGCACUGAAGGAGCUGCCUCCUGCCUGGUCGACCUGAUCACCUGCAGCCCGCAGUGCCUGCACAGCCUGGUGACCUGGGCGCACACCCACGCCGGGAGCUGCGCGUCGGCGCCCGGCCUGCAGAGCGUCCUCUCCUCCGAGUACUGCGGCAUCAUCCGCGCCGUCUGGGGCUGCGGGGACGGGCACGACUACGUGAUGGACACGGAUUCGGACUGUAGCACGGUGCUGGUCGACAACGCCUUGGCCGUCAAGCGGGAGUGGAGCAGGAGCGCGGCACAGCGCCUGCCCGACAACAGGGCCGGGGCGGACAAUGCCGAGGCUGUUUCUGCUCCCAAAGCCCAGCAUGCUCCGGGAAGGACGACUCCUUGCCAGCAGCCCGCAAACAAAGGGAGCUCCUCGGCGCUGCCGGACGCGGAGAGCGAGCCGCUGCAGAGCAGGGACUCGGCUCAGCCGAAGCUGGAUGGUACAACCUCCUCACAGGAGAAAGCUCUGCCACAGCCCACGUCACCCCUGAGCAGCGCUGCAGGACAGUUGAGUGGGAAGCAGGUUCUGUCUGCAGCGUCGGAUGUGCGGGUAAAAGACGAGUUCAGUGACCUUUCUGAGGGGGAUUUCUUGAGCGAUGAUGAGAACGAGAAGAGAAAUGUGCAAUCUUCAGAUGACUCCUUCGAGCCUUACCCCGAAAAGAAGGUUCCUAGCAAAAAAAGCGACAGCAAAGAGGCAAAGAAGGCAGAAGAGCCCGGAAUCAGGAAGAAGCCGGGGCCUAAGCCAGGCUGGAAAAAGAAAAUCAAAUGUGAAAGGGAGGAGCUGCCUACCAUUUACAAGUGUCCUUACCAGGGAUGCACGGCUGUGUACCGCGGCGCGGACGGCAUGAAGAAACACAUCAAAGAGCAUCACGAGGAGGUGCGGGAGAGGCCCUGUCCUCACCCUGGCUGCAACAAGGUGUUCAUGAUCGACCGGUACCUCCAGCGCCACGUGAAGCUCAUUCACACAGAGGUACGUAACUACAUCUGCGAUGAGUGUGGGCAGACCUUCAAGCAACGCAAGCACCUCUCGGUCCAUCAGAUGCGGCACUCGGGAGCAAAGCCCCUCCAGUGUGAAAUCUGCGGGUUCCAGUGCAGGCAGCGCGCGUCGCUCAAGUACCACAUGACCAAGCACAAAGCAGAGACGGAGCUGGAGUUCGCCUGCGACCAGUGCGGGAAGCGCUUCGAGAAGGCCCACAACCUCAACGUCCAUAUGUCCAUGGUGCACCCUCUGACCCAGACUCAGGACAAAGCCAAGCCACUGGAGCCAGAGCCCCUUCUCCUCCUCAACACUUCAGGGACUGCAGAGAGCCAGGCGGUAAAGCCAGAAGUGACUGCACAGCAGGAGCCGACCUGAGCCGGACGGGGACACCUUCCCCAUCCAGUCCUGUAGGAACCAUACGGCAGAGCGGAGAUUUUUUGGUUAAUCUACAUUUUAGUGUCCCAAAGAACUCAGUGGCAUUAGCUUCAGCUUGCUCAGACAAAAAAAAAAAGCUUGUUAUCAUGCUGUGAUUCUCCAUGCUCACGUCCGAUGCGGCAGUGUUGUACUAAGAGUCUGUCUAAUCCCAGAGGAAGGAAGGGAUGUUGGGCAGCGCCCCUUCACGCUCCCCCCUUCUCUCCACGCACACGGUUGUAGAAACAGAGUUGGCCACAACUGCUCCUUGCCU